AUGGGUCUAUUAUAAUAUGGUCAAUUGAUAAAAUAAUUAAUGGUACUUUUUAAUCAAAAAUGGAUGGCACAGUGUGAGAGAAUACUUUGUUUAAGUAUAAAUAAUAAUGAUGGCCUCCUUAUUUUUAUUAUUUAUGAUAAAACAAUCAAAUUUUGA